AUGGUAUUUAAAAAUUUUAUUCCAUUAGGGAACAUAUCUAAAGGUAUAGAUGAAAGUUUGGACAAUUUGAACCCUGAAAAUAAUCCAUUAAAGUUAUGUCUAGAAAUUGAAUCACCCCCUUGUGUUCUUUAUGGAGCUGCAACUGACUCUUCUGGUGCUAUUCUAAAUGGUAUUUUAAAGCUAAAAGUAAGGGAUCCUUAUUAUGACUUUUCUUUGGCACAAGAUUCCGUAUCUCCUGUACAAAGUAAUAUCGGCUCAAGGUUAUCGACUACUCUAACUACUACCUUCUCAAAUUUAGCACUUUCAAGUAAUGAGCUUUCUCCUAAUCCUUCAAGUAAUACAAACGUGCAAUUAUUAUCUGGUUAUACUAAAAUUGCAGUAGACUCUGUUACUCUGAAAUUAAUUCAAAUUGUUCAUUUCCAUAAAACUUUUGUACCUGAUACUCAAGCAAUCCAAACUUGUAAAAAUUGUACAACAAAAACUACAAAGAUUAAGAAUUGGGAUAUACAAAAAAAUACAGUAGAAAUGUCAGUUGGUUCUUAUGUUUUCCCUUUUUCAUGUUUGAUUCCAGGAUCAGUUCCAGCCACAACAACUUUAGGUUCUACUGCGGAAACUGAGAUUAAGUAUGAAUUAAUUGCAACAGUUAAAUAUAAAGAUCCUCGUAGAGAUCUUCCAACAUUUGGGAAAGUGCAGUCUCUUAAACUAAGUAUGCCAAUCGCUGUUACUAGAAGUAUUUUGCGUGGUCCUGAUAAAAAUUCUUUGAGAGUAUUUCCACCAACAGAACUAACUGCCACAGCUGUUCUACCGAAUGUGGUCUAUCCUAAAUCUUCAUUCCCUUUAGAGAUGAAGAUUGAUGGGAUAUCUUCUGGUGACAGAAGGUGGAGGAUGCGUAAAUUAAACUGGAGAAUCGAAGAAACUACAAGAAUUAGAAGCUAUGCUUGUGAUUCGCACAAACAUGAUUUAAAACAAAAAGAAGAAGAAGUAAAACAAAAAGAGGAAGAAAGAAGCAAAAAACCUCAGGUUCCAAUUAAAAGAUAUGGUGAUAUUGGUCCACAGAUAAAAGUUGCUGUUGGAACACCUGAUAAUACCCCUAUAAGGCGGCGCCACAGAAAUAAUGUUACUAGUCAACCCGUAAAUCAGAACGCAGAGACAGAAGCUAGUCAAACAAGGCGGCAAAUACAAGGAGAUCAAGAUGAUGAUGAUGAUGACAACACUACAGAAUUUGUCCACCCAAGUGACCAUGCUCUGCGGCAAGAAAUUGAACAACAACAAGAACGUGUAAGAGAAAAACAGAUUGAGCAGGAAUUGAAAAAUGAUACAACUUUAUUCACAGAAGAAGUAAGGAUUGUUUCAAGAGGUGAAAUGAAGAAUGGUUGGAAAACUGAUUUUGAAAAUAACGGUCACGUUGAAUUGGUAACUGAUAUAGAUUGUAUGUCAUUAGAUUCGGGUGUGUCAAAUCCAGUGAAAUAUGUUUCAACUAUGAAGCAAAGAGAAAUUCAGUCAAAACAUGUUGGAAAUAUUGCAUGUGAUAUGCAAGAUCCAGUAUUAGGUAUAUAUGUUAAUCAUAUGUUAGCUGUAGAGAUCGUUGUUGCCGAAGAAAUGUUACAAUACGCAAAUGGUCAACCACUUCGAUCUAGCAAAAAAUCAGAUACAAGCUCUUCUACUAAUGUCAAUCAUACGGAUCAACGAUUAGCUGAAUUGUCGCCGAUGUUUGCAAAUAGAAAUUCGCAAAAAAGUCAACCUGUUAAUGAGGAAGAUAUUUCACCAGUAGAUUCUGGAAGUAGUAUUGGUUCUGGUGUUAGAUUGAGAAGUAACUCACCAGGUAUGAAAAUUGUUAGUAUACCAACUGGAGCAGCACGUGUAUUAAGAAUGCAAUUUAAGAUCACACUUACUGAAAGAUCUGGUCUUGGUAUAUCAUGGGAUGACGAGGUUCCCCCAAUAUAUCAAGAUAUCAAAACUCUUUCUCCUCCAACAUAUUAUGAGAUUACUACAUUGACAACGAAUAAUGGAAACUCCAAGAAUGGAUAUGAUGCACCUAGUUAUGUGAUUCCAGAAGUACGAAUCGAAUCACCGAGCUCCGUUGCUCAAAUGAUUAAGCCACCGCCUCAAGCAAGGCAUCAUAAUUCCCCAUAUAGAAACAAUAACAAUAGUCAACCGCCAGCAUUUAGUGCAGUAGUGAGAGAAAGUACGCCACCUAUACCAUAUUCUACUAAUUAA